GUCCGCUGCUAUUUUUGCUCCGAUAUUUCGGCUGCCCCGCUAUUUCGUUAAACCCCCUUGAUCUCUCUAAAUCAUCUGAUACCUUUCAUAAUCCCCUGUAUCCCCUAUAUCACUCCAAAUCCUUAUCCAUCCAAACCUUUAAAUGUUUCACAUAAUCGAGUAUUUUUUUAAAUUUAAAAAAGCGCAAGAUUGCCAAAGAAUCAUUCUGAAAGGCUUGCCUGUCCUUCGCUUGAUCACUUUUUUCGAACGUGUCACACAACUUGUUUUUACUAAUUUGCGAAUUAAAAUAAGAAAUCAAAAACUAAUUUCAAUAAAAAUCUACAUUUUUUGUUUUCCCAUUGUAGGGAGACGAACGUACAAGAGCUAAAAUUUACCGGCUGCGUUGCACCUGGGCUGACGUUUUCACAAAAUCUAAGCUUUACAUGAUCGACACAAAAAUAAAUUCUGUGGAUAGGGCUUGGCCUAUAAUGAAUCCAGAUUUGAAGAUUGAAGUGUCAUCACAACAACAACAAACAUCAGGACAACAACAACAAGGAGGGGGAGGAGGAGGACAUGUAGUACAUGUUAACCCUAAAUUUCUCAAUGGUAAACAACCAACAAGUGUUAAACAAGAAAAUAAACAACAAGAAAAAAUACAAGAAAAAAAGAAAAUACAGCCUGACAUUAAUGCUAACAAAUUACCACAACAACCUUCGCAACAACAAUCAUCGCAGCAUAAAGGAGGAGGGCCUCCAACUAAGCGCCCUAGAACAACCACAACUGCUCAACAUAGCAGCAGUAAUGUUAGUAAUAAAUCAACUCAACGGUCUGUCAAGCCUCAACAACCUCGAGUUUCUAAACAAAAUGUUCUCGAGCCUUCCCGGACGCUGGGAACUCAUGCAUUCAAUAUAGUGAUGAAUUCUCAACCUACACAUUUAUUACAACCACAAAUAGUACCACCACCCCAACUUCAACAACACCAACAACAAUUUCCACCACCACAAAUACCAACAUCUUCUAUUACUGACCAGCCACAGUUAGUAAUGAUUCCACAAGUUUCAAGUGCCCCUCUAACAAAUUUUCAACAACUACCACGAUUUAUCAAAGAAAUUCCUCCACCUCAAAUAACAACAAUGAAAGGAAAUCCUCAACAACGUAGCUUUUCUCCUCCUCCCAUUCAAAGUAAAUAUAAAUUAAUUUCUUUAAUAUUAAAAAGUAAUAAGAUAUGUAGACACAAAUAA